AUGAAGGACCCUUCAACACCAUACUGCGAUGAGCUAGCAUCGCCAGGCUGGUUUCAGCCUGUACUCUCGUCGUUGAUCAUCGUUGGCAUCCUAAUCUCCUAUCUGCCUCAACACAUUCGCAUCAUCUCCCGACGAAGUUCCUUCGGAAUCUCUCCCUACUUCGUCCUCCUGGGUACGACGUCCGGCACCUCCGCCUUUGUCAAUAUCCUCGUCUUCCCCAAGACCGCCGCAGAUGUUGCCUGUUGCCAGGAGAUUAGCGGGCUUGCCUGUUUUGCUGGGCUGCUGGGUGUGUUACAGAUGGGCAUGCAAUGGCUAUGCUUCUUCUCCAUCCUCCUCCUCUUCGUGAUCUUCUUCCCUCGCGCAACCUCACCGACUGAUCCCACACACUCGGUAUCUUCAACCUCAAACGGCCCGACAUACCGUACCGCACUUGCCAUCACUGGGAUCUGUCUUCUCCAUGCCCUGGUGGCAGUCAUAAUCUCCGUCGCCUUUGCCAUCCGCCAACCCUCCGCCCUCCAUGCCUGGGCCAACUUCCUCGGAAUCGUUUCCGCAAUCCUGGCAUCGAUCCAGUACUUCCCCCAAAUCUACACUACCUACCGACUCCGCUGCGUCGGCAGCCUGAGCAUCCCGAUGAUGUGCAUCCAAACACCCGGGAGUUUGGUGUGGGCGGCAAGCUUAGCUGCUCGCGAGGGAGCCAAGGGCUGGAGUAUCUGGGGUGUGUUGCUGGUUACGGCAUCCUUGCAAGGGACACUCUUAGUUAUGGCGAUAUACUUUGAGUACUUCGGGCCUGACAGCAAGCGGAAAGCUGUGCACCGGGCUGAUCAGGAUGGCUAUCUCAACGGGGCCGGAGCAGAGAGGUCGGACAGACAUGCUUCUGCACAAGAACCGAUACAUGCAGAGCGUCCUUCGGAGGAGACUCCACUGCUUCAAAGCCAGUAA